GCAUCGAUGUCCAACUGCCUGUCAUAUAUAUAACAGCUGAUCGGAUCCAAGAUAACGAAAGUUGUUGUUUUUGAGUUUUUGACUGAUUGUUUUGAAGGUGUCUCCGAAAAGGAAAUAAAUACUGUGACGGGAAAACCAAAUUCUACUCAUAUUAAAGAUGGACCGUGUACGAAAUGAUGUGAUUGCUAGUAGGCCAUCUGUUUUUCCAAGAAGACCGUGGAUGAUGAGUCUUGGAGCAGCCGCGGCUGGUGGGGAAGGAAAUAAAGGAUUAAAAGGCAUUGUUGCAGGUGGUAUUACUGGUGGAAUUGAAAUCUGUAUCACAUUUCCAACUGAGUUUGUUAAAACUCAACUGCAGUUGGAUGAAAAAGGUGGAAAGCGGCAAUAUGAUGGUAUUAUCGAUUGUGUCAAGAAAACGGUCCGCGGACAUGGAGUUUUGGGACUUUAUCGUGGAUUGUCUGUCCUCCUCUAUGGCUCUAUCCCUAAAUCUGCCGUUAGAUUUGGAGCUUUUGAAGAACUUAAAAAGCGCAGUGUCGAUGCCAACGGAAACUUGACAGCUGGUCAGCGGCUUCUGUGUGGUUUAGGCGCUGGCGUAGCAGAAGCUAUUUUCGCUGUAACGCCCAUGGAGACCGUAAAGGUCAAAUUCAUCAACGAUCAACGAUCUGCCAAACCCCAGUUCAAAGGUUUCUUUCAUGGCGUACGAACCAUCAUCAAGAAUGAAGGAAUAAGAGGGACGUAUCAAGGUCUUACGGCCACUAUCAUGAAGCAAGGGUCCAAUCAAGCCAUCCGCUUUUUCGUGAUGGAAACCUGUAAAGAUUGGUAUCGUGGAGGAGAUUCUAAGAAGUCUGUACCAAAACUCGUUGUAGGUGCCUUCGGUGCCGUCGCUGGUGCCGCAUCCGUAUUCGGCAAUACUCCGAUCGAUGUCGUGAAAACCCGUAUGCAGGGUCUCGAGGCUUCCAAGUACAAAAAUACCAUGGAUUGCUUUGUUCAAAUUUGGAAGAAAGAAGGUCCUAAAGCUUUUUACAAGGGAACCAUUCCACGAAUGAGCCGCGUCUGCCUGGAUGUGGCCAUUACUUUCAUGAUUUACGAUUCCUUCAUGGAGCUUUUCUCCAAAGUUUGGAAGUAAUGGGUGAAGGGUCUCUCCAGUCGACGAGGAAAGGUACCGCACGACUUCGCCUUGAUGUUUUUCCAGGUGUCAUUCUAAGUUUGUAGUUUGAUGGUAAAGAUCCAGAGCUCCCCAGCUUUUUUCUUUUUUUUUGGGCCUUUAUUUUCUCUAGUUUACAGAGUCUACAUGCACAAAAUCAAAGUUUUUAGAUUGCUAAACGGCCGGCGAUUUUGCUGGUAGGAUAAUCUUGUCGCUGUUGUUUUAGAUGUGUCCUAGAUAUUUUACAAAUUCUCAGAAACGGGUUGUGGGGAAUCAAUUCAAUGUUGGGUUUUAUUCCAGAAAAUGCGAACUAUAUCUCUUCAUUCUGUAUAAGCAUUCCGAAUCCCGGUAAUCAGUGUCUGCUGUCUUUUUUUCUAAAGUAAUUAUGUUGGAUGUUACAAUUGUUCUGCACACACUAUAUAACGAUACCGCACAGCCGUCCCCUGUUGGAAUUGCGGUAACUGAAUGUUUAACAUUUAUAUACAUUAAUCCACUGUAUUAUUGCCGCCACGCACAAUACAGCAAUGAAAACGA